CUCACUGCGGUCGGGAGCCCUUUGUGACGAAAUCUGAUUUUUUUCCCCUGCAAAAUAGCGAGAUUAAACAUGACGUCUCCUCAGAAAAUCCCGAUAGACCUGAAAAUGAUGAUCAAAGACACUAAACAGGACAUGGAUGAUGUGCACCAGGCCCUGGAAAAACUCAGAAGUCUCUCGCAGGAAGAGCGUACAGAAGCAGAAGUGCUGCGCUCGAGAAUCGACGAGCAGUCUACUCUCAUCUGCAUUCUGAAAAAGCGAGCGGACGAGAUGCUCCUUCGCUGUCAGGCUCUGGAGAAGAUCAACGCCGAGCUGGAGAACCUGAGAGCCAAUGUGCAGGUGGAGCUGGAGAAUGAGAGGAAGAAAUCUGAACUGCUGGAGCAGAGGUUCAUGGACCUUGCCUCCAACCACAGAGAGCUCAUCAACUUCAAGAACGAGUACAAAAGCCAGAAUGCAAAGCUGGAGAAGGAGAACGAGAGACUCCGCAAGGAAAACGAAGCUCUGUUCAGCGAGGAAGUGCAAGAGAAGGAGGAGACCAUCCUCAAACUGACCCAAGAGCUCAAGGAUUUGGCAGAGCAACAUAAGAUACUGGAAAACGAGUAUCAGGAGAAAACAACAGGUUUCCAGAUUAAGCUGAAAGAACUGAUGAACCUCCAUCGGAUUAAAGAAGCGUCUUUGAAGAACGAAUUAAGUGACACACAAAAACAGCUGAAGACUGCUGUAGAGAUGUGUGCAGAGCUUGAUCUUAAACUAAGACAAACUCAAGAAAAGGAAUCAAUGAGAGAGACGGACACUCAAGAGAGACUGGAGAAACUCAUCAAGGAAAAGGAUGAACUAAUUGAUCUCUCUGUGCAGCGUGGAAAACUCAUACUGGACAAGCAAGUUGAAAUUCAGGAGCUGGAAAGGAAAAGACAGGAAGCUGAGAAUGGCAGACGAGAUGCAGAGGACAGGUUUGAGAAGGAAGCAGCAGCCGUGAACAGUGAGUUGAGAGUAAAGGAACUGCGUGAGGCUUUAGAGAGAGCAGAAUUCUCCUGCAAUGAGUUGAAAAAGGAGUUUGAGGCAUUUAAAAAGCACAGCUGUGAACUGCUUGAAAAGGAGAAGGAGUUAAACUGCAAACUUCGCCACAUGAUCAUCUGAAGCAUCCAUUCCAUUCCAUCUGUAUUUCUACCAUCAGCUAAGUCAGCCUUAAUCUUGAGAAAACCAUUCACUUCCCGCUGAGAUGGAUGGAGAAGAAUUAAAGGGAUAGUUCACACAAAUCCAAAAUCAUUUACUCACCCUUCACUUAUUCCAAACCUCUUUGAGUUUCUUUAUUCUGUCAAACACAAAAGAAGAUAUUUUGAAUAAUGGUCGAAACCUUGACUUGCAUUGUAGGAAAAAUAAAUGCUACGGAAGAAACCGGUAACCACUGACUUCCAUAAUAUUUGUUUUUCCUGCUAUAGAAGUCAAUGGUUACAGGUUUUCUGCUUUUAGUUCAACAGAAUAAAGAAACUCAUAAAGGUUUGAAACCACUUGAGGUUGUGUAAAUAGUGAGUAUAUUUUCUAUUUUGAGUGAACUGUCCCUUUAAGUGAGAUUUUUCUUAAGUGAGUGUCUUCCGUCAGAAGAGGGCAGCAUAACUGAUUUCUGUAGGGAAUCUGUAGUAUGUUUUUUUGAAAGUUUGUAGAUUGGUGGUUUUGGGUCAUCUCUCUGAAAUACAAAUAAAACAAAAAAAUAAAUAAAUUUAAACUUUUAAUGUCCCAGUGGAGGAUGAAGGCAGGGCUGUCAGGAUUAUUACAGAAUGGCCUGGUUAUGAUUAUUUUAUAAAGUUUCAUUAAUUGUGAGGACACUUAUAGCGCCCUCAAAACAAGGGAUAAUUAAACAAUUGAUUAUUUUAAACAAUUGUGUUCAUUUCAAAUGUUUUGAAUGGAAUUUUAAACCAAUUUGUACGUUUGCAACAUUUUACAUUUUAGUCCCAUAUUUCCUUUCGGAUAAGUAAAUAUUAAAACAAUCUGGAUAUUUGUAACGUUUUUGAAUGGAAUUUUGAACAGGUUUGUACAUUUGGAACAAUUUAAACUGUAGUAAGGGAGAGCAGGGACGAAAGUAACAUUUUUAAUUAAAAAACUAAUUUGGAAAGGUACUGUUUUCAGCAGAAAUACAUUUUUGCUCUAUCAAAAUAAGUUAUUUAGUAUCAAUUUAGAACAACUCCAAUAUAACUUCACUUUAAACAAAAGUUGCACAUUGUUACUUUUGACCCCAUCGAAAAAAAUAAUAAAAUAUUUGCUAGAUUUACUGGCUUGAUCUUGUUUAUUUGAAAUAUAUCUGACUGUGGCCUUAUUC